AUGCGAGAUCCUUAUUUUCUAUCAGAUUUUGAGAAAUUAUACAAGAAAUCCCGAUCUUCCGAUUAUUUUACGACUCAGUGUUGGCCUCCAUUGGGGUGGGAUCACGUUAUAAAGGCAAAGAGAACUUUCCUUGAGCCACUAUUUCGGUUGAUAGCUUUUGGAAUUGUAUACCAAUACUUCGAACUAGACAAGACCACCAAAGAAGCCAGUAACGUGGGCCGUGUGACGAUGGGCGUGGAUCCUAGCGUCUACUGGAGAGAGGUAUACUGGGCUUUGAAGGUUGAGAGCGGCAUUUUAAACAGAACUCCGUCCUCCGAUGAUCCGGUCUAUGAAGAAACUUCAAUGUCACUUUGGUUGAAGGUGUUAAUGAAAACCCACACGAGUAUUCUGCCCAAAGAUUACACAUCGUGGACAGUACCUGAUUCUUCGUUCCCAGAAUCGUACCCCGUGCAAAAAAUUGAGUAUUACCAUGUCAGUGCAGCAAUAAGUUUUGGAGAGACCAGAGACGGCGAUCUCAUUGCUGGGCACUCUAUUGUUCGAUUGGAAAAACUCGGCUGGACCCCUGACAUGGCCGAACUUGACCAUAGACUAUGGAGUGGGGUGGAUGAAACGUUCUAUUUUGGACUUAUAGUGCGGGAGGUUGAUAGUACAAAAUCAGGUAAUUAUCCUAGCAUAUUUAAAACAGAGCAAAGCGAAGCGCAAUCGAGUAGAAGGCAAGACGAGAACGGAUGGAUAAUUGUUUGCCCUUGUAUUUUGACUGCUAGUUUUUGA